AUGUCAUUACCGUUAUUAUUUAUUCCUAGAAAUCGCAAAGUAGAUUUUGAUAUUGAAAUAACAAUAGAAGAACUUUUAAACGUUCCUUUAAUAACAGGACUUUAUUAUGUAAAAUGGAAAUUCAAGCAGGGAAGAUAUAAAAUACGGAAUUCAGUACAACUUGUUAUAGGUAAAGAUAAUUUUUUAUUACCUUGUGAGUUGCAUCUAUCAAUAAAACAGGUGUUAAAUGGUGGCAAAGAAGUUAGUAAUAUUGGAAGAUUAAAAAUCAAUCUUUCUGAAUAUGUUGGGUUCACCAUAAUAACUAGACAUUAUUUAUUACAUGAAAGUAAGAUUAAUUCUACAUUAAAGAAAACUCAAAUAUUUAAUGGUAUUGCUGGGAUGAUAUCAGAUCAUAAUGAACAACAAGAUGAUGAAAGAUCAAAAGUUGGAUUAAAUACAGCACGUUAUAUGACAAAAUCUAAAUCAAUAUCUUCACUGAGAUCUUCUUAUUAUGCACAAGCAAAUCACACAACACCAAUAAUCUCAUCAUUUGCAGCAAAUAAUUUUCUUCUUAAUUUUGAUGGUAAAUCAUCAAUUGAUGUUAUUGAAGAAAUAUUUAUGGAGAAUGAUCCUAACAACGAUGUUGAUGUUAAUGAUCAGCAUAGUAUUUCAGAACAUUCAACAUAG